AUGGGAUUAUUCAGUAGUCUAUUUCGUGCAUUGGUCUUUCUAUGUCUCGGUUUAUUGGCGUAUGAUUAUUACUAUCAAGGUGGCGAGCAUGCAACCAGUCUAGUCGACACUAUCCGCGAUCGCGACAGCUUGGAGCAAGUUUGGCGUGACAUGCCCCUCCAUAGAGACCGGUUGGUGCACCAUGCCAAUGCCGCUUGGAUCGAGAUCAAGACCGCCAGGUCUCCUCAAGAGCUGAUUCAAAAGUUCAUGUACAAGAACCGAGGCAUUCCCAAGGAUGGCGAUGUGUAUAUCUUAUCGCACUACACGUUUGACAAGGUGGUGGAUGGCUCACAGCCUGUGCUCGUCAAGUUUUAUGCACCUUGGUGUACCCAUUGCAAAAAUCUCGCACCCGAUUAUCAACGCGUGGCAGAGGCAUACAAGGGCUCAGGCGUCAUGAUCGCUGAAGUCAACUCUCAAAAGGAAGGCUCAUUGACAAGGAAUUAUGGUGUCAAAAUGUAUCCUACUCUCUUGUGGUUUCCCAAAGGCGUGAGCAGCACUGAUAACGGUCUCGCUGAAGUCUAUGCAGGAGCACGUGAUUUUGAUGCCAUUACCCGCUUCAUUCAACAAAAAUCAGGCAUUCGUCCAAAGGCCACCAGUGGCAGCCAUCGCAUUGUCGAAUUGAACGCACAAAACUUUGAGCGAAAUGUUCAUCAGCCAUCAUCUCAUGUCCUGGUUGAAUUUUACAGGCCCGGUUGUCAAAGUUGCGAGGAUCUUGCUCCCGUUUACGAAAAGGUCGCUGAAGCAUUUGCCAAUGAACCAUCCUGCAAGAUUGCCAAGAUCAAUGCGCAAAAAGAACGAGGCAUUGCUGAAAAGUAUAGUGUGACCGAGUUUCCAUCGCUUGAAUUCUUUGCAGCUGGCAAGCAAGAUCCUUCAAAGUAUGAUGGUCCUUAUACGGAGGCUGCUUUAAUCAAGUACUUGAACAAGCAAUGCGGCACGAAUCGUAUGCCAACGGGUGGGUUGGGCAAAACGGCUGGACGUGUGUCUGAAUUGGAUCAGCUCGCUCGCAAAUUCGUUGAAGCUGUGGAUGAUACUACACGUGAUCAAAUCCGAAAGCAAGCUGGCGCUAUCGCUGAUAGACUUGUCGACAAUCGACAUGCUCAAUUUUAUGCCAAUGUCAUGGACAAGAUUCGGUCCAACGGUGAUCAAUUCAUAAGCAGUGAGACCGAACGUUUGCAAAAGGCUGUCAAGAGCGGCGAGAAUAUCCUGUCAUCCGAAGUAGUCGACGAGUUUGCUGUACGCCGUAAUAUCCUUUCAGUGUUCGAUGAGAGCAACAAGCAAAAGAAAAGCAACAACCCAUAA